ACUUAAAGUACAUUUAGCUGGUAAUACUUUACUGAUACUUCUUAUGAGUAAAUUGUACCUUCUUUAUUACAGUACAUGUACAGUAAGAAGUACAACAUGUAGUGGAGUAAUACUUCAUAUAUUAUGUUAUGUACUUUAACGGGAAGUUCACUCAAAAACUCUUAUUCUGAAAGCCUAAGUUCUAUUCCAGUGAUAUCCUGCUCAGGCCUUUAUUUUGAAAGCGCGGUCGUGUGGCCGUAGUCAGCGCGUGAGGACAGCAGCGGCUCAGUGCGCGUGUGACCGCAGCCCCGUCAGCACGCGCCGGCCUCUCGCGCACCUUCCCGCCACAGCCCGGCACCAUGGACCUGGACCCGGCCUUCCUCCUCCCGGCCGCCGUCGUCACCGCGGUGGUCGGUUACUUCGCGGCGUCGCUGCUGCGCAAGAAGCCCGGCGCCUCGGCCCCCUCGGCCGGCAGCAGGCAGCCCGCUGCCGCCCCGCAGACUCCGGCUCCGGCCGAGAAGCUCCAGGCGAAGAGGUUUUAUCUGUCAGCUGCAGCCGUGGAUCCUGUUGAGGAGCUGCAGCUGCCAGGGUCAGAGGUCGCCCCUGAACCAGUAUCGGCACCAAGACCAGAGACUCUACCGGAACCAGUCGUGGCACCAGAACCCACCGCAGAGCCAGAACCUGUCCCAGAACUGGAAUCACAACCCAAACCUGUGGCUGAUCCAGAGCCUGUGGUCGAGUCUGAACCAGAAUCUGAGGCGGUCCAGCAGCCUGGACCUGUUGUGGAGUCCUUACCUGAGCUGAGCCCGGGUUCUGCUGAGGACCGCCUGCCAACCCCAGAACCGGUUCUAGAGGAACCAGAACCAGAGACCAGCCUGGACUACGGUAAGAUAGGAGGUGAAGUUCUCUCCAGGAAAGAAACUGAACAAGUUCGAGACAACGAUGACGAAGGAGGAGAGCGAGGAAGAGCACAGGGCUGCCGAAUGAGACGCCUUCAGACCCAGAGGAAAAGGGGAGGAGUCUAAUCAUCAGGGCCCAGAGGAAAGGGAGAGGAGCCUAACUAUCAGGACCCAGAGGAAAGGGGAGGAGCCUAACUAUCAGGGCCCAGAGGAAAGGGGAGGAGUCUAAUCAUCAGGGCCCAGAGGAAAGGGGAGGAGUCUAAUCAUCAGGGCCCAGAGGAAAGGGAGAGGAGCCUAACUAUCAGGACCCAGAGGAAAGGGGAGGAGCCUAACUAUCAGGACCCAGAGGAAAGGGGAGGAGUCCAAUUAUCAGGACCCAGAGGAAAGGGGAGGAGUCUAAUUAUCAGGACCCAGAGGAAAGGGGAGGAGUCUAAUUAUCAGGACCCAGAGGAAAGGGGAGGAGUCCAAUUAUCAGAGUUUACUGUCUCUUUUGUUUAAAAAUAUAUAAAUAACGACGUUCAGUCAUGAGUUGAGUUGAAACGUUUAAAUGUUUAAUAAAUUAAUAAAUGUUUAAUAAAUGUGUGAAACCAAA